UUUCUGGGCUCACGCAUCCUUAAUCCAUGUUUUCUACCCCAGCCGCCAGUUCUAGCGCAGUUGCGACAAACGCUUUGCGCAGUGCGGGCCUCAUGGAUCGCGAUGAGCGUAUGCGGGAUGCCACUGACAAGCCUGGAGGGCGGAAGGGAACUUCCAAGAUUCGGUCGCAUCGUCCGCGUCUCAUUGAUGCUAUUAAGGACCCAGCAGGCCCAAGUCGGAACUCUAUGCUUGCCUCGAGGAUGGGAGUUGCUUCUUCUGAACCUCUAUCCAUCCGUGGCGCUGCAAGGCCGACAGCAGCGGGUCGCAUCCGAAGGAAUGCAAUCUCUGUCAACACCGCCAAGUCUUCUACUAUCACUGGAAAGCCGCUUGAAAUAUGGAGAGAAUUUGUGCAGAAGCGAUACAACCGCGACCUACGCUUCCUGAAUCUCGAGCGAAUGUCAGAGGAUACAAUUCUGAGCAAGGCUUGUUUAGUUCCUCCAGGUGUUCCAGGCAGUUCUGGGAAGGAAGCGGCAGUUAUCUUCAAGAUGGCAUCUCAGCUUAGGCCUCCAGUGCGGUCUUUGUCCCUCGCCAACAACAAUCUCUCGAGUACACACAUAAUCUCCACUCUCCCGCAUUAUCUACCGGACCUUGCGAAUCUUUCACUGGAGAAUAACAAUCUACGGACAUGGAAAGAUAUCGACUCUCUUUCCCAAGUAUCGGACAAGAGGGACAAGCUGAAGAAUUUGCGAGAGCUCAUUUUAUUGGGAAAUCCAGUCCGGGAGCAGCAAAACCGGGGGGAUCAAUACAAGAACCAUAUCAUCCGUCGUUUUCCAACGCUAGAAAUGUUGGACAAAGAAGCUGUCACGAAAAUCGCUUUCGAUAACCCUGCUGCUUCAGCGCCAGCCUCUUCCACUGUGCGCCGCCCGAUUGCAACAGCGUUCCCUUCGGAGAUGCGUCCUCCGUUCGUUACAGGGGUAGACGGGAGCAUCGUUAGCAAUUUCUUUGCACGUUUCUUCCCCUUAUUCGAUAAUCACCGUGCGGGCCUCAUGGAUGUUUACUACGAAUCUGCAACGUUCUCAUUCCAGGCAAACACCCACAUCCCCGACCGCGCCCGCAUACAAGGGUUCCAGCAUUCCAAGGAAAUGCCAAAGCAGUCACAUCUGCAAUGGCCAUCAUGGUUAGCUGCAGGAUCAAGGAAUUUGAGCAGGGUGGCCGGUGCCGUGGACAAGAUGGUGCAGAGUUUGCAUGUGGGGCGAGAGGAGGUGGUGAAGGCGAUUUCAUCUCUUCCGCAGACGAUACAUGAUGUAGCUGCUGCACCGGAGAAGUUUUGCGUCGAUGCUUGGCCUAUCACCCAAGACGAAAAGACGAUUCUCUUUCUUUCGGUUCAUGGGCAGUUCAUCGAAGCACCUGCUGGAGGCAUUCGAUCUUUCGAUCGGUCGUUCGUCCUUGCUCCUGCAUCACCAGGGUCCAGAGCCCAAGUGAAUGGUUGGGGUGUCGAAAUUCUCUCGGACCAACUGGUCAUUCGUAAUUACUCAAGCCACGAGGCAUGGAAGCCGGGCCCGCUGCUCGUGCAGGCCAAUCCUUCUACAUCCUCGCUCUCCGCGCCUGCGCCCCAAAUAACCAUAGCGCCAGCCAUGCAAGAGGCACUGUCUGUAAUUCCAGAACCACAGCGCUCGCUCGUUUUGCAAAUAAGCCAGCGUACCAGACUGAACGUACGAUUUGCAGUGGACUGUCUCGAGGGAAAUGGUUGGGUCUUGGAGAAAGCGUUAGCCAACUUCGAGCAAGUGAAGAACACGCUCGGACCGGACGCAUUUGUUUGAAUCUCGGACCUCGUGUCCACCAUAGCAAUGCAUGAUUUCGCCGCCAUAGCUACUAGCUACUCAAUUUGUUCAAGUUUUGUUGGCAUUUUCAUCCUGUGUCUGAUGGUUUUUCGUCGCGAACUGUCAUAAUGUAACAGACCCUCACGUAUCUUCCAUAAACUUAUCCAAUCAUCGACGAAUUAUAACAUAAGCUCCCCAUCUCCUUGAUGCUUGAUAUGGUUUAGCCUCUGUCUC